AAAUCGCCCCGCCCCUGGCCCCAUGGUCACAAAAACCAAGCCUUCUCCUCUACUACAUUGCGGGCUGGCGCUUGGCAGCAUCUUCAUCUCUUUUCCCGACUUGGAGCGAGCGCUUCUCUGUCCCGGUGCCCUCAGGCCGGGCCGGGCAGGGGCGGCUCCCGGAGGUCGGAGCGGCUCCAGCCCAGGGCUGGGACCCACCAGGACCUGUCAUCAUGUCCCUUCCAAUGGGCCAUCCCCGUGGGUGUGCAGCUGUUCCCGAGGCCGAUCUCCAAAAGGCUUUUUCAGCACUCCUGAAGUGGCUGGAGCAAGGGGCUGUUUGUUCCAAGCACAGAGAUGCCAGCUGUGAGCUGGAGCAGAGUGAAUUCUGCUCCAUCCAUGGGCCUGUGAAGAAGCUCCUGCAUCUCCAGGAGGGACCAGCAGCCGGGCUGGCACACUUGCCAGGGGCACAAGAAGCCACUUGUCAUAAGCAGGGGGACACCACUUGUGAGCGUGCAGUGAGGGAACAUGUGGAGAGUGGAAUCAGCAGCAGUGAAGGCAGUGUGAGGGAGCCCCUGGGUCCCCAGGGCACAUCAGCAAGCGGCCAUGGACACAGGAGCAUCCUCAGAAGAUUUCCGGGCAAGUGGUUCAGAUCCCAUCCCGUGCUCACCUUGGUGCUGAUCCUGUUCCUGUCGGUGCUGCUGGCGCUGGCGGUGGCCUUGGCUGUGCAGUCAGCACCACAGGUUCCAGUUCCACCUGCGACUCCGCUCUUGGUUCUGGGCUGUCCCCCUGGCUGGGUUGGAUACAAUGGAUUCUGCUACUACUUCUCAAGGGAUCAGGGCACCUGGGAGCAGGGUCAGGAGCGGUGCUCUGAGUUUGGGGCCUCCCUGGCCAUUCUGAAGGAUGAGGAAAUGGAUUUGUUCUUCCGCCUCCGCGGGAACGUCGAUUACUGGGUCGGGCUGCGCAGAUGGGGCGAGCACCUGCAGUGGGGGGACGGCAGCAGCUUCAGCUCCUCGGUUCCUGUCCUUGGCAAUUCCGAGUGUGUGUGCCUGGCUGACGAUAAAUUCAGGAGUGAGAGCUGCUCGAAUCCGCAGCCGUAUCUGUGCAGCAAGGCCCGAGCUCCCCUGUAACAGGGGCUGGAGAAAGGAGCUUCUCCACGCUGGGCAGUCCCAGCUUCACCUCUGAGCCCGGCACAGGGCUGUCCUUUCUCAGCUGCACCCUGUGCCUUGCACUUGCUCUCAGGGUCACCUCAGUGCCUGUUCAUCCCCACUGCCAGCGCUGGGCUGGCUGUUCAGAGGAAAAGUCUCUGCAAUCCAUCCUGCCAGCCAUGCUAGCUGGAGUGAGGGGAUUGGCCUCAUUGCACAACAAGCUGGAAUGGGAAAUCCAAAUCACUCCGGACUCUUGGAAAUCAUGGCCAAGUGGCCUGAAGGUGGUGAGACUUUUGGACUGUCCUUGGAAGGGGAAGAAGAACAGUUGAAACGUGCUGAGGAGGAAUCCCACUUUUGGCAUCAGGCACCUGAUUGUGAAGAAUGGUUUGUCUGUCUGUCUGUCUGUGUGUCUGUCUGUCUGUGUGUCUGUCUUUCUGUUGCAAAGAAUCUGACUGUUCUGCUGUAGGAGGACUCCCAGGCUGGAUCAAGACAAGGAUUUGUCUCUCUGAGGCAGAAGCAGUGAUGUGACGUGACUGUAACCCCCAUCCCUCUGUGCACAGUGUGGGGAGGUGGGAGGGAGGGAAUCAGGGAUAAUGGGUACCCCAGGAAGGAAAGAAGAGUGUGGGGAAGGUGCAUUUUUAGGAUUUGGUGUACUUCUCAUUCCCUUGCACUGAUUUGCUCGAUAAUAAAUGCAAUUAAUUUCCUCU